ACAAAAAUAAGUUUCAAACCUAUUGGAAAAUAGGUUUAAGUCAAGAUGAAUUUUUCGAAAUUCAUUUUUUUGGCUGCAGCUGUUGGACUUUUAUCACUUGUCAAACAAGCUGAUGCAGGAUAUUUUGAUAAUAGUUAUGAACAAGGAAAUCCAAGUAGAUUUUCUAACUACCAAAGCGACCCAUGGGGAAGUGGUCAAAGCCAGAACGGCUUUAAUUCAAAUUAUGGACCUUUUGGAAGCCAAAGAUCUCCUUUUGGAUUAAAUAAUGGAUUUUCUCCAGCCAUGAGGUAUGGUCCUUUUGGAAGUGGUAAUCCUGGUAAUUCAUUCAAUUUUGGACAACCCCGAUUUCCACAAUUUAACAAUGGAGGUAUGAGUCCUAUCAGGCCCCAAGGACCUCUGCAAAGGCCACAACUUUUCAAUGAAGUUCCACAACAGCCUGGAUACGAAUAUCCCCAAAAUUCUGGAUUUUCUUCUCCACAGUGGAAUAAUGGAAUCCCACAAAAUUCAGGCCCAAUGCAACCGCUCAUAGGUAGGCCUCAACAACCCAAUAAUAAUUUUGGCCCUCAAUCAAACGGUGGAUAUCCUCAACAACCUGGAAAUUCACCACAACAGUUGAAUAAUAUUCCCCAACAAAAUAAUGGCAACACGGCACCACAGUUUAACAAUGGAAAUCCGCAACAACCUGGAAAUGGGCGCCCACAAAAUACGAAUAAUGGAGUCCCACAAAAUUCAGGCCCAAUGCAACCGCUCAUAGGUAGACCUCAACAACCCAAUAAUAAUUUUGGCCCUCAAUCAAACGGUGGAUAUCCUCAACAACCUGGAAAUUCACCACAACAGUUGAAUAAUAUUCCCCAACAAAAUAAUGGCAACACGGCACCACAGUUUAACAAUGGAAAUCCGCAACAACCUGGAAAUGGGCGCCCACAAAAUACGAAUAAUGGAGUCCCACAAAAUUCAGGCCCAAUGCAACCACUCAUAGGUAGACCUCAACCACCCAAUAAUAAUUUUGGUCCUCAAUCAAACGGUGUAAUUCCUCAACAACCUGAGAAUUCACCACAGCAGUUGAAUAAUAAUCCCGAACAAAAUAAUGGCAACACGGCACCACAGUUUAACAAUGGAACACCGCAACAACCAGGAAAUGGGCGCCCACAAAAUUCAGCACCACAAUCCAAUAAUGGAGCUCCUCAACAACCUGGAAAUAGUCGACCACAAAAUCCUCAAUUCCAGAACGGAAAUAUGCCAAGUACAAGCAACUCGAAACCAAAUUUCGGAAAACCUUUGCUGCAGUUCAAUAAUGGUGUUCCACAGCAGAUUGGAUCAAACCAAAAUACUGGAGUAUUACCAGCUGGGAACCAACGGCCACAAAGGCCAUCCAGCAGCAAAAAUCCCUUUAGCGGAAAUAAUCCCGCAUCCAUUUUUGGGCCUCUUCGACCUUUUGGAGACAAACCUUUAAGUGGUGAUGAAUUUGAAAUACAAGUAACUUGGAUUGAAAAACCAAAUUUGCCAAAACCAAGACCUCAGUUAGGCCCAAUUAGACCGUUUGGACCAUUUGAUCCAAUCGGAUACAGCCCCUUACCUUAUGGUACACAACCAGAAUUUGGACCUUUUCGACCAAAUUCUCAACCAUGCUCUAAUAAUAAUUUACUAGCUUGGCUCUCAAUUUUGUAUCCUUGGAUUAUUCCAGGGUACACGAAUUGGCCCAUACCCCAAACACCAGCUAACCAAAUUCCAUAUCAAUUGGAAUAUAUUUUUAACCAAAAAUUUCCCUUUGGUACGCCAAAACCUGAAUACCAAGAAAAUGGACCAUGGCACCAAUUAACUUGGUUGUCUACACACCACUUUCCAUUCGGCAAAUGGACAACCACACCAAAACCUUUACGAGAUGAUCCCAAUUAUCAAGGACAGCUUCUAAUAGACUGGUUAGAAUUAACCAAUAACCAGCCCUACGGUGAACAGAGCACAACGACAAAAAGGCCAAUCACAACUGGGGGCAAACCCAAUGAUCCCUCACAAGGAAGUCUUUCUAUUAAUUGGUCACAAUAUGGUGAAGAAAACGUUACUCAACGACCAACCAACAACGGAGCUCUGCCAACAACAAACAGGCCAACACAAGAUCCAUCUGAAGCCAGUAUAUCAAUUAAUUGGGAGCUAUUCCCCGAGGAGCAUGAAACAAACCCGAAUGGAGCGUUAACAGGGUCUACUACAACUACAACUUCUACAGGUUCCCUCAGUAUUGAUUGGGAACUUAACCCAAAUGGACAGGUGCAGACGCCAUCAACAACAACCACACCUUCAACAGGUGCCCUUAAUAUCGACUGGCAACUUUAUCCCAACGGACAAAUUCCUAGUGGAGGAAUCCUAGGUGGAUCAACUACAAGAACACCUUCGACAGGUUCACUCACUAUUGAUUGGAACAUUAAUCCCACUGGACAAGUGCAAGGGCCAUCAACAACAACUACACCAUCAACAGGUUCCCUCAGUAUUGAUUGGAGCAUAAAUCCCACUGGACAAGUUCAAGGGCCAUCAACAACAACAACACCAUCAACAGGUUCCCUCAAUAUUGAUUGGAGUAUAACUCCAACUGGACAAGUGCAAGGGCCAUCAACAACAACCACACCUUCAACAGGCUCACUCACUAUUGAUUGGAACAUAAAUCCCACUGGACAAGUGCAAGGGCCAUCAACAACAACCACACCAUCAACAGGUUCUAUUGACUGGCAACUUUAUCCCAACGGACAAAUUCCUAAUGGAGGAAUCCUAGGUGAAUCAACUACAACAACACCUUCGACAGGUUCACUCACUAUUGAUUGGAACAUUAAUCCCACUGGAGAAGUGCAAGGGCCAUCAACAACAACCACACCUCCAACAGGUUCACUCACUAUUGAUUGGAACAUAAAUCCCACUGGACAAGUGCAAGGACCAUCAACAACAACCACACCAUCAACAGGUUCUAUCGACUGGCAACUGUAUCCCAACGGACAAAUUCCUAAUGGAGGAAUCAUAGGUGGAUCAACUACGACAACACCUUCAACAGGUUCACUCACUAUUGAUUGGAACAUUAAUCCCACUGGACAAGUGCAAGGGCCAUCAACAACAACCACACCAUCAACAGGUUCAGUCAGUAUUGAUUGGAGCAUAACUCCAACUGGACAAGUGCAAGGGCCAUCAACAACAACCACACCUUCAACAGGUUCCCUCAGUAUUGAUUGGAACAUAAAUCCCACUGGACAAGUGCAAGGGCCAUCAACAACAACCACACCUUCAACAGGUUCACUCACUAUUGAUUGGAACAUAAAUCCCACUGGACAAGUGCAAGGGCCAUCAACAACAACCACACCAUCAACAGGUUCUAUCGACUGGCAACUGUAUCCCAACGGACCAAUUCCUAAUGGAGGAAUCUUAGGUGGAUCAACUACGACAACACCUUCAACAGGUUCCCUCAGUAUUGAUUGGAACAUUAAUCCCACUGGACAAGUGCAAGGGCCAUCAACAACAACCACACCUUCAACAGGUUCACUCACUAUUGAUUGGAACAUAAAUCCCACUGGACAAGUGCAAGGGCCAUCAACAACAACCACACCAUCAACGGGUGAUCUUUCUAUCGACUGGCAACUGUAUCCCAACGGACAAAUUCCUAAUGGAGGAAUCUUAGGUGGAUCAACUACAACAACACCUUCAACAGGUUUACUCACUAUUGAUUGGAACAUUAAUCCCACUGGACAAGUGCAAGGGCCAUCAACAACAACCACACCAUCAACGGGUGAUCUUUCUAUCGACUGGCAACUGUAUCCCAACGGACAAAUUCCUAAUGGAGGAAUCUUAGGUGGAUCAACUACGACAACACCUUCAACAGGUUCACUCACUAUUGAUUGGAACAUUAAUCCCACUGGACAAGUGCAAGGGCCAUCAACAACAACCACACCUUCAACAGGUUCACUCACUAUUGAUUGGAACGUAAAUCCCACUGGACAAGUGCAAGGGCCAUCAACAACAACCACACCAUCAACGGGUGAUCUUUCUAUCGACUGGCAACUGUAUCCCAACGGACAAAUUCCUAAUGGAGGAAUCUUAGGUGGAUCAACUACAACAACACCUUCAACAGGUUCACUCACUAUUGAUUGGAACAUUAAUCCCACUGGACAAGUGCAAGGGCUAUCAACAACAACCACACCUUCAACAGGUUCACUCACUAUUGAUUGGAACAUAAAUCCCACUGGACAAGUGCAAGGCCCAUCAACAACAACCACACCAUCAACGGGUUCCCUCAGUAUUGAUUGGAGCAUAACUCCAACUGGACAAGUGCAAGGGCCAUCAACAACAACCACACCUUCAACAGGUUCACUCACUAUUGAUUGGAACAUAAAUCCCACUGGACAAGUGCAAGGGCCAUCAACAACAACCACACCAUCAACGGGUGAUCUUUCUAUCGACUGGCAACUGUAUCCCAACGGACAAAUUCCUAAUGGAGGAAUCUUAGGUGGAUCAACUACGACAACACCUUCAACAGGUUCACUCACUAUUGAUUGGAACAUUAAUCCCACUGGACAAGUGCAAGGUCCAUCAACAACAACCACACCUUCAACAGGUUCACUCACUAUUGAUUGGAACAUAAAUCCCACUGGACAAGUGCAAGGGCCAUCAACAACAACCACACCAUCAACGGGUGAUCUUUCUAUCGACUGGCAACUGUAUCCCAACGGACAAAUUCCUAAUGGAGGAAUCUUAAGUGGAUCAACUACAACAACACCUUCAACAGGUUCACUCACUAUUGAUUGGAACAUUAAUCCCACUGGACAAGUGCAAGGGCCAUCAACAACAACCACACCAUCAACAGGUUCCCUCAGUAUUGAUUGGAGCAUAACUCCAACUGGACAAGUGCAAGGGCCAUCAACAACAACCACACCUUCAACAGGUUCACUCACUAUUGAUUGGAACAUAAAUCCCACUGGACAAGUGCAAGGGCCAUCAACAACAACCACACCAUCAACGGGUGAUCUUUCUAUCGACUGGCAACUGUAUCCCAACGGACAAAUUCCUAAUGGAGGAAUCUUAGGUGGAUCAACUACGACAACACCUUCAACAGGUUCACUCACUAUUGAUUGGAACAUUAAUCCUACUGGACAAGUGCAAGGGCCAUCAACAACAACCACACCUUCAACAGGUUCACUCACUAUUGAUUGGAACGUAAAUCCGACUGGACAAGUGCAAGGACCAUCAACAACAACCACACCAUCAACAGGUUCUAUCGACUGGCAACUGUAUCCCAACGGACAAAUUCCUAAUGGAGGAAUCUUAGGUGGAUCAACUACAACAACACCUUCAACAGGUUCACUCACUAUUGAUUGGAACAUUAAUCCCACUGGACAAGUGCAAGGGCCAUCAACAACAACCACACCAUCAACGGGUGAUCUUUCUAUCGACUGGCAACUGUAUCCCAACGGACAAAUUCCUAAUGGAGGAAUCUUAGGUGGAUCAACCACGACAACACCUUCAACAGGUUCACUCACUAUUGAUUGGAACAUUAAUCCCACUGGACAAGUGCAAGGGCCAUCAACAACAACCACACCAUCAACAGGUUCCCUCAGUAUUGAUUGGAGCAUAACUCCAACUGGACAAGUGCAAGGGCCAUCAACAACAACCACACCUUCAACAGGUUCAUUCACUAUUGAUUGGAACAUUAAUCCCACUGGACAAGUGCAAGGGCCAUCAACAACAACCACACCAUCAACGGGUGAUCUUUCUAUCGACUGGCAACUGUAUCCCAACGGACAAAUUCCUAAUGGAGGAAUCUUAGGUGGAUCAACUACGACAACACCUUCAACAGGUUCACUCACUAUUGAUUGGAACAUUAAUCCCACUGGACAAGUGCAAGGGCCAUCAACAACAACCACACCUUCAACAGGUUCACUCACUAUUGAUUGGAACAUAAAUCCCACUGGACAAGUGCAAGGGCCAUCAACAACAACCACACCAUCAACGGGUGAUCUUUCUAUCGACUGGCAACUGUAUCCCAACGGACAAAUUCCUAAUGGAGGAAUCUUAGGUGGAUCAACUACAACAACACCUUCAACAGGUUCACUCACUAUUGAUUGGAACAUUAAUCCCACUGGACAAGUGCAAGGGCCAUCAACAACAACCACACCAUCAACGGGUGAUCUUUCUAUCGACUGGCAACUGUAUCCCAACGGACAAAUUCCUAAUGGAGGAAUCUUAGGUGGAUCAACUACGACAACACCUUCAACAGGUUCACUCACUAUUGAUUGGAACAUUAAUCCCACUGGACAAGUGCAAGGGCCAUCAACAACAACCACACCUUCAACAGGUUCACUCACUAUUGAUUGGAACAUAAAUCCCACUGGACAAGUGCAAGGGCCAUCAACAACAACCACACCAUCAACGGGUGAUCUUUCUAUCGACUGGCAACUGUAUCCCAACGGACAAAUUCCUAAUGGAGGAAUCUUAGGUGGAUCAACUACAACAACACCUUCAACAGGUUCACUCACUAUUGAUUGGAACAUUAAUCCCACUGGACAAGUGCAAGGACCAUCAACAACAACCACACCAUCAACAGGUUCUAUCGACUGGCAACUGUAUCCCAACGGACAAAUUCCUAAUGGAGGAAUCUUAGGUGGAUCAACUACAACAACACCUUCAACAGGUUCACUCACUAUUGAUUGGAACAUUAAUCCCACUGGACAAGUGCAAGGGCCAUCAACAACAACCACACCAUCAACGGGUGAUCUUUCUAUCGACUGGCAACUGUAUCCCAACGGACAAAUUCCUAAUGGAGGAAUCUUAGGUGGAUCAACUACGACAACACCUUCAACAGGUUCACUCACUAUUGAUUGGAACAUUAAUCCCACUGGACAAGUGCAAGGGCCAUCAACAACAACCACACCAUCAACGGGUGAUCUUUCUAUCGACUGGCAACUGUAUCCCAACGGACAAAUUCCUAAUGGAGGAAUCUUAGGUGGAUCAACUACAACAACACCUUCAACAGGUUCACUCACUAUUGAUUGGAACAUUAAUCCCACUGGACAAGUGCAAGGGCCAUCAACAACAACCACACCUUCAACAGGUUCACUCACUAUUGAUUGGAACAUAAAUCCCACUGGACAAGUGCAAGGGCCAUCAACAACAACCACACCAUCAACGGGUGAUCUUUCUAUCGAUUGGCAACUGUAUCCAAACGGACAAAUUCCUAAUGGAGGAAUCUUAGGUGGAUCAACUACAACAACACCUUCAACAGGUUCCCUCACUAUUGAUUGGAACAUUAAUCCCACUGGAGAAGUGCAAGGGCCGUCAACAACAACCACACCAUCAACAGGUUCUAUCGACUGGCAACUGUAUCCCAACGGACAAAUUCCUAAUGGAGGAAUCUUAGGUGGAUCAACUACAACAACACCUUCAACAGGUUCACUCACUAUUGAUUGGAACAUUAAUCCCACUGGACAAGUGCAAGGGCCAUCAACAACAACCACACCAUCAACGGGUGAUCUUUCUAUCGACUGGCAACUGUAUCCCAACGGACAAAUUCCUAAUGGAGGAAUCUUAGGUGGAUCAACUACGACAACACCUUCAACAGGUUCACUCACUAUUGAUUGGAACAUUAAUCCCACUGGACAAGUGCAAGGGCCAUCAACAACAACCACACCUUCAACAGGUUCACUCACUAUUGAUUGGAACAUAAAUCCCACUGGACAAGUGCAAGGGCCAUCAACAACAACCACACCAUCAACGGGUGAUCUUUCUAUCGACUGGCAACUGUAUCCCAACGGACAAAUUCCUAAUGGAGGAAUCUUAGGUGGAUCAACUACAACAACACCUUCAACAGGUUCACUCACUAUUGAUUGGAACAUUAAUCCCACUGGACAAGUGCAAGGACCAUCAACAACAACCACACCAUCAACAGGUUCUAUCGACUGGCAACUGUAUCCCAACGGACAAAUUCCUAAUGGAGGAAUCUUAGGUGGAUCAACUACAACAACACCUUCAACAGGUUCACUCACUAUUGAUUGGAACAUUAAUCCCACUGGACAAGUGCAAGGGCCAUCAACAACAACCACACCAUCAACGGGUGAUCUUUCUAUCGACUGGCAACUGUAUCCCAACGGACAAAUUCCUAAUGGAGGAAUCUUAGGUGGAUCAACUACGACAACACCUUCAACAGGUUCACUCACUAUUGAUUGGAACAUUAAUCCCACUGGACAAGUGCAAGGGCCAUCAACAACAACCACACCAUCAACGGGUGAUCUUUCUAUCGACUGGCAACUGUAUCCCAACGGACAAAUUCCUAAUGGAGGAAUCUUAGGUGGAUCAACUACAACAACACCUUCAACAGGUUCACUCACUAUUGAUUGGAACGUAAAUCCCACUGGACAAGUGCAAGGACCAGCAACAACAACCACACCAUCAACAGGUUCUAUCGACUGGCAACUGUAUCCCAACGGACAAAUUCCUAAUGGAGGAAUCUUAGGUGGAUCAACUACAACAACACCUUCAACAGGUUCACUCACUAUUGAUUGGAACAUUAAUCCCACUGGACAAGUGCAAGGGCCAUCAACAACAACCACACCUUCAACAGGUUCACUCACUAUUGAUUGGAACAUAAAUCCCACUGGACAAGUGCAAGGGCCAUCAACAACAACCACACCAUCAACGGGUGAUCUUUCUAUCGAUUGGCAACUGUAUCCAAACGGACAAAUUCCUAAUGGAGGAAUCUUAGGUGGAUCAACUACAACAACACCUUCAACAGGUUCCCUCACUAUUGAUUGGAACAUUAAUCCCACUGGAGAAGUGCAAGGGCCGUCAACAACAACCACAUCAUCAACAGGUUCUAUCGACUGGCAACUGUAUCCCAACGGACAAAUUCCUAAUGGAGGAAUCUUAGGUGGAUCAACUACAACAACACCUUCAACAGGUUCACUCACUAUUGAUUGGAACAUUAAUCCCACUGGACAAGUGCAAGGGCCAUCAACAACAACCACACCAUCAACAGGUUCCCUCAGUAUUGAUUGGAGCAUAACUCCAACUGGACAAGUGCAAGGGCCAUCAACAACAACCACACCUUCAACAGGUUCACUCACUAUUGAUUGGAACAUAAAUCCCACUGGACAAGUGCAAGGGCCAUCAACAACAACCACACCAUCAACAGGUUCCCUCAGUAUUGAUUGGAGCAUAACUCCAACUGGACAAGUGCAAGGGCCAUCAACAACAACCACACCUUCAACAGGUUCACUCACUAUUGAUUGGAACAUAAAUCCCACUGGACAAGUGCAAGGGUCAUCAACAACAACCACACCAUCAACGGGUGAUCUUUCUAUCGACUGGCAACUGUAUCCCAACGGACAAAUUCCUAAUGGAGGAAUCCUAGGUGGAUCAACUACAACAACACCUUCAACAGGUUCACUCACUAUUGAUUGGAACAUUAAUCCCACUGGAGAAGUGCAAGGGCCGUCAACAACAACCACACCAUCAACAGGUUCUAUCGACUGGCAACUGUAUCCCAACGGACAAAUUCCUAAUGGAGGAAUCUUAGGUGGAUCAACUACAACAACACCUUCAACAGGUUCACUCACUAUUGAUUGGAACAUAAAUCCCACUGGACAAGUGCAAGGGCCAUCAACAACAACAACACCUUCAACAGGAUCUCUUACUAUCGGCUGGGAAGAUUAUCAAAAUGACCAACCACAAAAUCCAUCAAAUGGAGGAAUCUUAGGUGGAUCAACUACAACUACACCUUCAAGUGGUUCUGUAAGUUUUAACUGGGAGCUUAAUCCCAAUGGAGAACCACAAAACCCAACAAAUGGAGGGAUCUUAGCUGGAUCAACUACAACCACAUCUUCAGGAGGUUCCAUCAAUUUGAACUGGGAACUUAAUCCCAAUGGAGAACCACAAAAUCCAACAAAUGAAGGAAUCUUAGCUGGAUCAACUACAACCACUCCUUCAGGAGGUUCCAUCGAUUUGAACUGGGAACUUAAUCCCAAUGGAGAACCACAAAAUCCAACAAAUGGAUGGAUCUUAGCUGGAUCAACUACAACCACACCUUCAGGAGGUUCUUUCAAUUUCAACUGGGAACUUAACCCCAAUGGAGAACCACAAAAUCCAACAAAUGGAGGAAUCUUAGCUGGAUCAACUACAACCACACCUUCAGGAGGUGCCAUCGAUUUCAACUGGGAACUUAAUCCCAAUGGAGAACCACAAAAUCCAACAAAUGGAUGGAUCUUAGCUGGAUCAACUACAACCACACCUUCAGAAGGUUCCAUCAAUUUCAACUGGGAACUUUAUCCAAAUGGACAACCACAGAAUCCAACAAAUGGGGGUAUUUUAGUUGGAUCAACUACAACAACUUCUUCAACAGGUUCAUUCAAUAUCGGUUGGCAGCACAAUCCAAAUGGACAAGUUACUCCAAAACCUGUACGACCAAUUCAACCUAACAAUGAAGGGGAAAUUUCUUAUACCUGGAUGACUGAGGAACCUGAAGAAGAAAUUGUUGAGGAACCAGAAGUUGAAAAUUCUAAUGGUAUUGGAGUAAAUAUUAAUUGGGUAACAAGCGGGCAAAAACCUAGACCAAGUCCAAGGCCAAUAACAACCAAAAAACCUCAGGGCUCUAAUGGUUGGCAAUUGUCGUACAAUUGGACUUCACAGAAUCCUGAACAAAAUCCAAACGGCCAACUUCCAGUAGAAUUACCAACAGAUCUUCUCCCCGAAGGAGCGUUACCAAAUCAGCCACAUGGAGCUAAUUGGAAUAUUACAUGGGUAGUUAAACCAAAGCCAAAACCAACAACGACUACGACCCAAAAACCUCAGAUCUCUCAAGGCGGUGAACUGUCAUAUACUUGGAUGACACAACACCCUGGACAACAACCUAGCGGACAGCUUCCCGUAGACCUACCCACAGAUCUGCUGCCUGAAGGAGCUAUACCAAAUCAGCCGCAUGGAGCUAAUUGGAAUAUUACAUGGGUAGUUAAACCAAAGCCAAAACCAACAACGACUACGACCAAAAAACCUCAGAAUCCUCAAGGUGGGCAAUUUUCGUACACUUGGACAUCAAGCAACCCCGGUGCGCAACCACUUCCUACAGAUCUUCAGAAUCUUCCUCCUCAGAUAAGUCCCGAAAUCAACAAACCUAACGGAGUUGGUUGGAAUAUCACUUGGGUAACAAAUGUUCAAAAACCAAAACCAGUACUAAAACCACCAACAACCAAAAAGCCACAGAAUCCUCAAGGUGGUCAAUUGUCUUAUACUUGGAUGACACAACACCCCGGACAAGUUCCCAAUGGACAACUUCCAGUUGAUUUACCAACAAAUCUUCUACCUGAAGGAGUUCUACCAAACCAACCGCAUGGAGCUAACUGGAAUAUAAACUGGGUAACAAAUCAACCUUCUAAAACCACAACAACCAAAAAACCAGCCACAAUCGGACCUCAAGGAGGUGCAUUAUCAUACACUUGGACAUCGAGCAACCCUAGUGGUCAACCACUUCCUAUAGAUCCUCAACUUCUUCUUCCUCAAAUUAGUCCCGAAAUCAAUAAACCUAACGCAGUUGGUUAUAAUAUCACUUGGGUAACAAAUGUUCAAAAACCAAAACCAGUGCUAAAACCACCAACAACCAAGAAGCCACAGAAUCCUCAAGGUGGUCAAUUGUCUUAUACUUGGAUGACACAACACCCCGGACAAGUUCCCAAUGGACAACUUCCAGUUGAUUUACCAACAAAUCUUCUACCUGAAGGAGUUCUACCAAACCAACCGCAUGGAGCUAACUGGAAUAUAAACUGGGUAACAAAUCAACCUUCUAAAACCACAACAACCAAAAAACCAGCCGCAAUCGGACCUCAAGGAGGUGCAUUAUCAUACACCUGGACAUCGAGCAACCCUAGUGGUCAACCACUUCCUAUAGAUCCUCAACUUCUUCUUCCUCAAAUUAGUCCCGAAAUCAAUAAACCUAACGCAGUUGGUUAUAAUAUUACAUGGGUAACAAAUGUUGUUCAAAAACCAAAGCCUAAGCCAAAGCCAACAACAACCAAAAAGCCACUUGUUCCUGCUGGAGGUGGUGUCACAUACACAUGGACAACACAAAAUGGAGCUCAACUACCACAAAACGGACAAUUACCAUUCCCCAUUCCUCAAGGAGGGCUUCCUAUUCCAUUGACCACUAAUGGUUUGCCUGUUAACGGGGUACCAAGUUCACCAAAUGGAGGAUCAAUUUCAUAUUCGUGGUCAUCUUCAGGACCAGUUAAAGGAAAUGGACAAGUUCCUCCCAUUCCAAUUAAUGGAAUUCCAGGAGUGCAAGGAGUACCCGGAAUGCCAGUAAUUCCAGGAAUGCCAGCUAUUCCAGGAAUGCCAGCUAUUCCAGGAGUGCCAGGAAUGACUGGUAUGACUUGGACAUCAAACGGCCCAAUUAAAGGAAAUGGACAAUCACCUAUUCCAAUUAUGAACGGAGGCACACAGACCCCUGGUCAAACUUCGAUAAGCUGGACUACUUCUACCGGAGGUAAACCAGUUAACGGUAAUGGAAUAGUACAAAAUCCAUCUAACUCUAAUGGAAUAAUUCCUGGAUUAAAUCAACAAUUAUUGCCAGCUGCAAAUAUUCAAAUUAGCGGUACUGCACCUUUGAAUGGAAAUUCACCACUAAUUCCCAACAUCCAACAAAUUAUCAACGGAGUUGUUCCGGGAUUAACUCAACAAUCCUCAUCACAACAACCUAACAAGGGGGGAAUGCAAUAUUCUUGGACAAGCCAGCCAUCUUCAGGAGGUUCUAACGUAGUACCUAAUAGACAAAACAAUAACGGCCUCAAUUUAGGAUUGAACCUUAACUUGGGAGCAAAUGUCAAUAAUGGAAACAAUUUUAUGCAACAACAACAACAGCAGCCAAAUCUGUUGUGGGGUUAAAAGUCAUUUCUAAAUUUUAGGCAUCUGGAAAGAAUCGAAAAUAUAACGAAUGAAUAAGAUAUUUUUUAAAAUUUUUAUAUCUAUAUUAAGUUGAAAUAAAAUCAAAAUUUUGUAUGUA